AUGAGUAGUAUUGUGAAGAAGUCCUCACACUUCGCCCCGAAAGUUAAAAAGAGGGUUACCAGAAAUAACAAGGCGGCCCAGCCCACUCCCCCUACAACCCAGGAGUCACAUGCUUCUCCUGAUCCAACACAGAUAACGCAGCCAGAUGAGGCUUCGAUUUCCACACCUCCAACUACGCAGGCCACAGGUGGCCUUACGGAUUUAUCAAAGUAUGAAAUUGCAACUCCUAGCGAGAAGACUUCUGACGAAAAUACCGAAGAAGCUGAAAUCGUGGAUCCCAAAGAUACAUCGAAGGUUACCAAUGAGGAGGUCAUUGAGGAUGAGGAAAGCGAUGCCCAUGAAGACGACGACAAUGACUACUUCAAGAAAACGCUAGCAGAGAAGGAAGAACUUCAAAAGUCUCAGAGAAGAAGGUCUUCCGUUGCUUCCAGAAGAUUGUCCGGUAUCUUCAAUAGAUCAGGAUCUGUAUCCACUCCAGGCUCUGUGGGCCCAGAUAAUGGUGAUGAAGCACAGGCUGCUCCUGUCAAAAUUAUUGGCAUUCCCACCGCAAAGCCAUCGAAAAGGAACAAGCUGUCGAUAUCGAGGGCCUCCAAGAGGCAGAGAUCUUCUGCAGCUGCUCCUAGCCAGACCUUGGUUGAGGAAGACGAGAACGCAAGCGCAGCCGCCAGAGAUGACGCAAAGAAUGGAGAGACUUCGAAAUUCCUGGGCCCAGACUUUGUUGUCGGUAUCAAUCCAGUUACAAAUAGAGUCGAGAAGUACAAAGCUCAUGCGGGUAUCCCUGGGCCCCUUAGUGUCGCACCUCCUGACCUCAUAACAACAGUUAAGGAUAUCAGACAGCUCCCGAGAAAGAUUGAUGUUGAAGAUGAGGCUUUGUAUGCAAAGCUCACGGUUCUGGCUGACGAUUUGACAGUAGCAGAGCUUUGCAAGCCAACACUUAAGAUAGGUUCUGUGAGCGGCAACUUCCAUGACGCCGAGAGCGCAAGAGGAAAAUUAGAAAAGGACAAAAAAGCACGGCGCAAGGCUCGUAUCAGAGCAAGGGAAAAGCGUAUUAGUUACGAUAAGGCUCUAGAGGAGAUCCAGCAGGAGGACAAUGAACUAAGCAAGAAGCAAAGUGAUAAGGAGAAACCCAAGGAACCGGAACAACCGACACCUAGCAACUUAAAAAUGGGAAUUUCCGGAGAUAAAAUUACGCUUGAUGCCGAAUCAAUUGUCAAAUCCAACAACCAAGCGGCAGAGAAGGGUGAUCGUCAGGUUGAGGUCGACAACUCAUACUUGAAUCCGAUUACUUCCAACUCCUACACGAAGCUGGCUUACACAGAUGCGUGGACGACAGACGAGCUUGUCCAAUUCUACAAUGCCUUGAGCACGUGGGGUACUGACUUUACGUUUAUUGCCCAACUCUUUCCUUACAGAAACAGAAGACAAAUCAAGCGGAAGUUCACUCUAGAAGAAAAGAAACGCCCAGAGCUUGUGGAAUUGGCUCUAAAAAGACAGCUUCCGCCAGACCUUGAUGCAUACUGUGCUGCUGCAGCAGAUGGUAAGAACUUUAAGUCCUUGGAAGAAGUGAAGGAGGAGAUUGAGAAGCUCAGAGAGGAUCAUGAGAUGCAUUUGAACGAGAUCCAGAGCGAGCGUGAGAGGGCGAUUAAGGAAGACUUGGAGGCCAGUAGAAAGAGAGAGAUGGAGAUCAGAACCGGAUCUAGAAUCAUGACCAGAGCCGAAAGAGAAAGAGAGUUGAGAAAGAACGAGGUUGUUGUUGGUACGGUGGAUGAUUCUAAAAAGCCAACCAGGGCUCUCAAAGGAGAGAAUUAA